AUGCACAGAAAUAAUUUUAAAAUCUCAAUAGAUGAUGUUUCAAUUAAUAUUUGGUCAGGAUAUGAAUGUAUUCAUGAUAGAAUAGUUGCUCAGUCACAAACAUGGAUUCGGCAUUUUCCAGAUGUUAACAUUUUUACUGACUAUUUUCCAAGAAAAUAUUAUUCGAAGAUUGUAGACAUUGCCAAGCCUUCUAAAAUACACAUUCAUGAGCUUGGUAACUGUGCAAGACACCUUUGGAGACCAAAUGGAUGGGAAAGAGCUCAACCUCGUUUUGUUAAAUCCAUGGAUGAAUCUUUUAAUCAAAACAGUUCUAAAAAAUGGUAUGCUUUUCUUGAUGAUGAUUCAUAUAUUUCACGUGAUACACUUAUUGAUAUUGUUUCACGCUUUAAUGAGUCUGAACCUAUUGUAAUUGGGAAAUUUUAUUGUGCUUGGCCAGAUGUUGUCUUCGGAAAGGAUCAUUCGCAAGACUGCCUUAGUUUUCCACAAGGAGGCGCUGGCGUUGUUAUUAGUAAUUCGAUGAUGAAAUUAUUGAAACCACAUUUCCUUGAAUGCAAUAAAAAGUAUAACGAUAGACAUUACGCUGGCUCAAUGCGUUUCGCAAAAUGCAUAUCAGAUUAUAUAGAUCCAGAAACUUGGAAAUUUGGAAAAGGAAUACAAAACUUUAAAUCACAAUUUUUCUCAAGACCACCAUUAAUGGAGAUAGAAGAUGGCCUAUGCAAUCGCCCACCUGCAACAUUUCAUAAACUUUUACCUAAAGAAAUCCUUUUUGCUCAUAACGGAAUGUACUCACAAUGGACAAACUCACGAAAUGAAGAAAAUUAUGUCUCAUGGAGUCGAUAUGCAUGCAGAAAAAUUAAAAUUCCAUAUGAAAACAAUUUUGAUGAAAUUUUCCUUAGAUUUGGUUAUGCGUUAACCGAAGACUCCAAAAAUUCCAUCCUAUCUAAGGCUGUUUCUCCAAUUUAUCCAACAUUCGAAGUUGAUUCCAUUUUUAAUGAAACUCAGGUUCCUAAAGUAUACCAACAAGAGUUUUCUGGUAGUGUUCAUGCAACAUUCCACUGCUGCGACGAAUGCGAUAAUGUUACUUUUUAUAAAAAGGAUGAAGGAGAAAUCAUCAAUUUUCAUUUCAGAAUUAAAUGCCCAGAAGUAAAAGUGUUAUAA